AAAAUACCCACCAGAACCGUGCAGAACCGCGGCGAUUCCGCAUGACCGCCUUCUCUCCCGGCGCCGAGCAGCAUUCAAACCCACCCGAUAAUCCAGCACAACAUACAAACCCAGCGUCUGUCUGGUCGACGUCCCAGUGGCCUUAGCAACGGCCAUGCAGUCUAUGCCAUUGCUGCUCAGGCAGUCCUUCAAAUCAACCCUUAACCUCACCCGAACAACCCGCCCAGUACGACGACCGCUCCUGCCCGCCGUUGGUCCGAACUCUCUUUACCCUGCACCGCGGAACUUCUCCAUCUGCCUGCAAUGUCAAUUCCGAUCCCAGUCCUCGCUUUACUCAUCUGAUCCCCUCAAAGAUGGGAAGCCUGCUGAGCAGCCGAAGGAAGACGAAAGCCCAGUCAUAGCUCUUCCCGCAGGGAACGCAGAGUUACAAGCCGAUGCGGGGACUCAGCAACAUACUCCUCCCGCUGCUGCGGAGACGGGAGAAAGUACACAGAGCCAGCAGCAGCAGCAGCAGCAGCAGCAAGAAGAAGAGAAGAGCGAGGCCAAUGGAAAGGGGCGGGGAGAUGGAGGGCUUCCAUCAUACAUAGAGCAACGCAGGUCACAAUUUACCAAGCGGUUCAGUGAUGUGAUGGAUAACCUCCAAUCCAACAUUUUCGUGGCAGGCCAGCGAUUGAACGAUCUUACGGGCUAUUCGGCGAUUGAGACGCUGAAGAAGGAGAUUCAUAUUCAAGAGGAGCGACUCCGCAACGCUCGCCUCCAAGUCCGUGCAGCGAAAGAUGCCUAUGCAGCUGCCAUCAACAACCGAUCGACCUCCCAGCGCGAAGUGAACGAGCUUCUCCAACGCAAACAUGCCUGGUCCCCCACUGACCUGGAACGAUUCACCCACCUUUACCGCAACGACCACACCAACGAAGUAGCCGAGCACGAAGCACAGGAGGCUUUGAGCCAGGCAGAACACGAGGCCGAAGAGGCUGCCGCACAAUUGAGCAAGAGCAUCCUGUCCCGGUAUCAUGAGGAACAAGUCUGGUCGGACAAGAUCCGCCAAAUGAGUACCUGGGGUACCUGGGGGUUGAUGGGAGUCAACGUGCUUCUCUUCCUGAUCUUCCAGAUCGCCGUGGAACCCUGGCGUCGCAAGAGACUCGUCAAGGGCUUUGAAGAGAAGGUCAUUGAAGCCAUUGAGAAGGAAAAGGCCCUUGAUCGGAUUCAGAUCGUGUCUGCUCAGAGCCAGAUGGCGCAGGAAUCGUCUACCACAUCUACCGCCUCUCCUGCGACUCCCGAGACCGCUGAGACUACUACCGAACCGUCUGUUUCUACUACAGCAGACGAACCGAUCUCCGAUACCGAUGCAAUCGUCACGAUCGAGAGCACCGAACCGGAGGUAUUCAGUUCGGACCCAGCUGAUGCGGAACCGUCAGCCAAUACCACAGUCAGCAAACCCACCCCUGACAAUAUCCGGGAGUAUAUCCAAUACCAGCUCUCGCGCGUCUCUCCGUUCAUUGAAUCCUUGCGCCAAUACCUCCACGAUCUCUUCAGUGACCGUCAAGUCGUGCUCACACAACGAGACCUCUCUACUGUUGCUCUUCAAAGCGCUGCUGCUGGUGCGGCGGUGAUCAGCAUGUUGUCGAUGAUUAUUCGGCAACGGUGA